UUUAGUAAAAAAAAGUGAAAAAAGAGAGACGUCGUACUCGACUCGUAGCAAACAAAAAGUGACACGUGAUUUCAUCAUUAUUUUCACCCUGGUCAGCACAUUAUAUUCAAACUACACUCCACCAUGCUGUCCAGAUUGUGUUCACGCUUGCUUCAUGUACCAGGGGUCACCUCAGCAUCGGGGGUCAGGCUUCAGAGUGCUGUAGCGUCAGUCAGUGCCCAACAGGUGUUUGAUAGAGAGCAGAAAUAUGGCGCUCAUAAUUACCAACCUUUACCGGUUGCAUUGAAAGAAGGCAAAGGAGUGUUUGUAUGGGACGUGGAAGGCAAACGCUACUUUGAUUUCUUGAGCGCCUACAGUGCGGUUAACCAGGGUCACUGUCAUCCCAAGAUCAUCAGCGCCCUUCAAGAACAGGCCGGAGUACUCACUCUGACAUCGAGGGCGUUCUACGCUGAUGUAUUGGGUGAAUACGAAGAGUUUGUCACAACACUCUUCGGAUAUGACAAGGUUCUGCCAAUGAACACAGGUGUGGAAGCAGGGGAAACAGCCUGUAAGUUGGCCAGGAAAUGGGGUUACACUGUCAAGGGUGUGCCAAACAACAAGGCUAAGAUCAUCUUUGCCGAUGGUAACUUCUGGGGCCGCACCCUGGCUGCCAUAUCCAGCUCUACAGAUCCUAGUAGCUACGAGGGCUUUGGUCCGUACAUGCCUGGCUUUGGUCUCAUUCCAUAUAAUGACCUCGGAGCUCUUGAGAAAGAAGUACAAGAUCCGAAUGUAGUAGCGUUCAUGGUGGAGCCGAUUCAAGGAGAGGCCGGUGUGGUGGUGCCAGAUCCUGGUUAUCUGCGAGGCGUGCAAGAAAUCUGCAACAAGCACAAUGUUCUAUUCAUAGCAGAUGAGGUACAAACCGGACUGUGUAGGACAGGAAAACGAUUGUGUGUAGAUCAUGAUAACGUGCGUCCAGACAUGGUGCUACUUGGCAAGGCACUGUCUGGUGGAGUUUACCCGGUAUCAGCCGUUCUUGCUGAUGAUGAAGUGAUGCUAUCCAUCAAGCCAGGAGAGCAUGGAUCGACGUACGGGGGUAACCCGUUAGCUUGCAAAGUGGCUAUCGCAGCACUCAAGGUCCUGGAGGAAGAGAAGCUGUCCGAACGAGCGGAGCAUCUUGGCCAGAUCUUGAGAAGUGAACUGGGCAAACUGGAUAAGGACAUUGUGACGUUGGUUAGAGGCAAGGGGCUUCUUAAUGCCAUUGUCAUCAAAGAGACAAAAGAUUUUGAUGCUUGGCAGGUGUGCUUGAAGCUGCGUGAUAACGGACUUCUUGCCAAACCAACUCACGGCGACAUCAUCAGGUUCGCUCCGCCGUUGGUCCUAACAGAGGAGCACCUCGGAGAGUGUCUGGACAUCAUCAAGACAACAAUCAUGUCCUUUAAGUAAACGCAAAUCAGACAGGAUAACUACCUAAGAUGAUGAUCAUGUGAGUAGUCCUUGCUUUCAAAGAUCAAAGAGAAAGAUACAGUAUUUUUAUUAAUUUUUCAGAGACAGAUUUUACCUCGUUGCUGCGGUAAUGUUAGAUACAUGUAUCGUCACUGAUAUUGAUAUCCUCAACUUGAUCACAGCAGGUGGAAAGAUUCCGUCAUUUCCCGAAUUGCAGAGUUUUUAUGGAACUGAAAAUCAUGUUGCAAUAAAUCUUCACGUAACUAAAUCAAUUAACUUAGUCACAAUAGGGUCGGAGAUAGUGAGGUAGUUCUUGGAUUGUGUCUGGCCAUCCAGUGUAGAUCACCUGGUAUAGUGUACUAAGAACCGGAUCUCAAGUGGUUUUGGUCUUCAGUUGGUCUUGCUUUGUUUGCCCAAAGUAGACAAGAUCAUCUCAUGUUCCAAGUUUCUGAAAUUGAAAAACUUUUGUUUUAAGCCUCCUACUGUCUGACGAUUAGAUCGUAUGGUUUUGAAGGGUAGAUAAACAAGCCUACAUGUAUGUCAGCCUGCAUGCAAUAAUGAUAAUUAUUGUUGAAUGCAUCUUUGCAGUACACAGUGACCCCUCCUACUCUCUCACCAUUAAUGCUCGUCCACAUGGUUUUUAAUGGUACAUGUAAAUAAUCUGUCAGCCUGCAACAAAGAUAUAUUUUGUUUAAUGCAUUUUCACAGUACAUGGUCAACCCUCCUACUCUCUGACCAUUAAUGGGCAUCCCCAUGGUUUUAAAUGGUAGAUAAACUAUGUCAGCCUGCAACAAAUUCUAUUGUUGAAUGUAUCUUCGCAGUACACGGUGAACCCUCCUACUCUCUGACCAUUCAUGGUUUUGAAUGGUAGUCAAACUGUGUUGGGCCUGCAAUAAUGAUAUCUAUUGGAUAUGCAUCUUCACAGUUCACAGUGAACUCUCCUACUCUCUGACCAUUUUGGCCUGCAAUGUGAUAUAUAGCUAAAUGCAUUAAAUUACACAAUUCACAGAUAGUCCUGUGGGCAGUUGUUCUACUAUGCACUAAAUAUGCUAUUGAAUCUUUCAGAAUGUUUUGGUCAAGUUACGAGCAUUUUUUACGAGCAAUUUUUACGGGUUGUAAGAGUGUUGUAAUAAUAGCUACCAGAAAAAUAUGUUUUGCCUAAUAUUGUAUCUCUCUUUUAAACACAUCAGGGUAAUUGUGUAUUCUUCCAACUGUAAUAUUAAUUCCUAAUAAACUCUAUUGUUUAUAAUUUUUCAGAUUUAUUUUUCUUCCGUAGAGAUAUGUUCUCUAUUUUAUUUUAAAAGGGGAAGUCAGGGCUGAAAUAGUUUAGAUUUGUAUCUGAAUUCAGACUUCUUAAAGUCUACCUGGAACAUCUUGCUUUAAGGUCACUUUGCUGAUCCCUCGAUUAUAACCGUCCAUGUAUGGCUUCCGACUGGCACCCCAAGCAAAGCUAUUUAGGGAGACAUUUGCCAACAUUAGGGCUAGUUAGCUCAGUUGGUAGAGCAGUGGCAAAUUAAUCUAAAGGUUGGCGGUUCCAAUUCUGCAUGUUUUCUUUGUUCAAUCCCAAAUUUGUCUUUUUGUCUUUACUGAACCUUUCAGUUUUCCAUUUGGUUUAUUACUCGAUCCUUUUUGUUAACUUUUUCCAAUAUCAAAACGUUCUAGGACUUGUCUUGGGUUUUGUUUUACCAUGAGAUGUCAUCCAUUAAAUUUGCUAAUAUUUAGCGCCUGUCAAAUACAGGGAAUUUAUUAUUUUUUGUAUUGCUAUUUUCAUGUAAUAAUUAUCCAAGAGUUAAUUUUUGAGAGUUAAUUGUUACCAUGCACUUUAAACCUUUAAAAACAUGUAUUUAAUUAUCAACAGUUUGAACAAGGGUAACAAUUUCUUAGAGCUCCUUCUGCAGAAAUUAUCGCUUACAAAUUGUCUGCUUAGAUGAAAUAAGCAGGACACCAUUGACAGAUGCUAAGUGUGAAAUAGCAUUUGGGCUGGUAAUCUUUUCAUUGGAUUGACAAAGUGUACUAAACUCCACAAUAUAUAAAUUUUGGGAUUUUUUUUUUUUUUAGUAGCAUAAAAAGAGAUUCUAAUUAUAAGGAUUUUCUAUAUUUUUGUUCUCAUAGCUUGCUAUAGAAUUUUGCAAUUGUGCGGUUUUGUUGUAAUCAAAGCUGAAUAUUUGGAGAUAACUUACUUGGUAUUCACAUAUCUUUGUUUUAGUUGGCACGUUAUAACUAAACAAAUGUUUCUGUAACAUGUGCGAAAAAUCUUGUAUUUUAACAUUAUGUGCCAAUUUUGAGUUUGGUAUAACUAUAAUAUUUUUUACAAUCACAGAUUUUUCAGUCCUGGAUUUUCAAUUUCAUCUUUGAGAGAGCAAGGCUACUUCCUUUUUGCAAAAGGCACUUCCAUUGAAAAAUUAAAGGGGCACUUGUGCCAAUAUUAGGACAAUGGGGGACUGUGGCCUCCAUGUGUGUGAAUCCAGGCCUGA